GGGACGUCAGAGGAUAAAUGUCCUGCUCAGCACACACACAGAGAUGGACGCCUUUUGAGCUUGCGCUUUGCCAAAGAAUGUGAAAAGAAGAAGAAGAAAGAAAGAGAGAGCCAUGUUUACUACAUGCAGGGAUUCCCAGGAAUGGUUCCUUCCCAGCUGGAGGAUCGAGCCCAAAUAUUCGACUAAAGUACUUGUUGGAAACUGGGUGGAAGAAAGGAAAAAGUUCAUAAGAGAUCAGAGAGGAACCGGCAGAAGCUGCUAUGAACGGGACUUCGUUCGAUUUCCAAUUGAGAUACCGGACCGAACAGUGUUGAGAAGGAUGAAGAAGAAAAUGGAUGGUCUCCCAAAGAAGUAUAUAUUGACCCAUCAUGACGAACCAAGGCACCAACACUUAGUGACACAGUACGACGAUCAAUACAACCGGCACGGCUACAAUCCGAUCCUGCCUCCGCUUCGCAAAUGGAACCGACACAAAUUGGCAUGGAUCCCAGAGAAAUCGGACUACCCGCUUCUUGAGCCUCCAACCAACUAUGGGCUCUUAGAGCAUCUUGUGAAAAAAUGGACUCGCAAAGAGAACGGAGUGAUGAGCAGCGUCUACACCGUAUCCUACCAAAAGCCUCCGGUUGCGUCGUACGCCGUGCGCCGACGGCCCAUCACCACGCACAUCCUGAAGGCCAACCAGGAGCAGUGGUCGCCCCGAAGCAAUGACCCGUAUAUGUGAAAGAACAUUGUAUUUCCAUGUACUGCUGGAUUUCAAUACUACACCAUUUAUCCAAGCAGCACCAAUACAUUUAGUCCCCUUAGUUUGGCUGCAAAUAUUGGGCACAUGCUCAUUUGCAAGCGCACAUUGGAAGAAAGAUGUGGGUCUCCGUUGGAGGCAGACCAGGCUGUAUUAUCAAUUUGCCAUAAAUGCUCCAAGUAUCCUUAGUAGCUCAAAGCUCCACGUUGUUGGUAGUGUU